GAGCGCCGAAGAGCAAGAAAAACCUGUGUGGACGAACGCAGAGAACCUGCUAAUAUAUCUAAUUUAAGAGAUUCGUCAGGGAAACCUUAGGCAGAUUGCCGAGUAGAUUCGUAUCAUUAAUUUCCUUCUCAAUAUUCUAACCUAUUAACCCAAUACUACUAUAACAUAUUCAUACUAGUAUCUAAUUUAAGAGGUUGAGAUCAAAUACUGCAAAAGGAGAAAGGAGAAAUCCUUUACCUUCACUAUCGCCCCACAUGGUAAAUAUUAGGAAUCCUAACAAGUCUCUCAUUUAAUAUCACGUGAAUCCUAGAAAAGCUCGCAUUGAUCCCCAGUUCUUAAUGAUUUAGUUAGUGACACUGUAUCUUAUUAAGUUUAAGAGAGAUACUCUUUACCAUCCUUUUCCUGCCGUCACUCUUCUUCUAUCUUGAAAAAGGAGAAGAAGCCCUCCCCUUGCCCUCUUCUUCUACUUGGAAGGGCAUCUGAUAUCAUAAGAUCACUCACUCUACAUCCGGCGGGGCACAACUUAUAAUUAGUGAUUUAAUAAACUUCGAACUAGGUAGUUUUUUCAUCCCAUCUGUGGAGUAGGUUUUUGACUAUCUAAGGUGUUAACAAGUUAUUACUUCGAAAGUGCUGCUCUAAAUUAUGCAGCAAGUAGACAAAACGGAGAACACCCUGAAGGCAGACAAGAGCGAGAAACUGGGAGCGCAGCUCGAUGACCUAGUUAAGGCUCAUUGUCUCGAUUUCGCUCUUCUGUGUCCAUUGUCUCGAUUUCACUCUACUUCAAUAUCCCUGAUGGUCUUGAUGGACACUGUUGGAACUGUUGGCUUGUUUUCUCGUAGAAACAGGACCUUAAACUUUCCGUCAUGAUGCCACUGUUGGAAUUGUUUUGUCCCUCCUUGAAUAGGCUAGUUUUGCUGUUUUGCCAAAUGUGGGCGUGGGGGAGUAUGAUUAAUCACGAUCCUCAGUCGAUCUUGUUCUGGGGUAUUUUGAUGUUUGAAAGCACAUCGGAUGGUAGGCCCCAACCUAACCUAACCUAACUUAUCAAGACGACGCACAUGUACAACCUUGCUCUAACUUAGUCGCGGCCACAGAUGAUAUCUCUACGAAGUUGAGACAAGACCUUUUCGUGGAAAUUGAGAAAGCGGAGGACGCGUAUAGCCUCUGGCACAAGACGGACUGCACAGAUUAAGGAUAAUUACCGUAAUUCUAAUUCAGUUUGAAAACGCCUUCGGAAGCGAUCACCACGCCCUCCUGCACAUUUUCCUUGGGGCGCUUCGCCUGCGCUUUUGGUCGGCACCUUGCGUGUAGACCUAGCAAAGGCACCUUAUCCUAUGAUCUUAUCUUCUUUGGUCCCCGUUUGUUUGAGGGAAGGAAAACACGUGGUCAAAGAUGCUUUUCAAGGUGAAUAUAAAUACUUAUGUUCUAAAGAACUAGAGACGCUGAGAAAUCUUGUGGCCUUGUUCUGCGACUUGAGAGCGCAGAAGCAGAAGC